GCAGCCGCGGAAGCCGUGUCUCCUUGUGCACAUUGGACCGGUGGACUUGGAGGAAGCAGGACCGGGCAGGGAGAGACUCAGCGGAACAGCAGUUUUGGGACGCGGGGCGGCUAAGUGCUCAUCAUGGCUUCCAGCCACACCGUGUUGAUGCGAUUGGUAGCCUCAGCGUAUUCUAUCGCUCAGAAGGCAGGAAGCAUAGUCAGGUGUGUCAUUGCUGAAGGAGACCUGGGCAUCGUGCAGAAGACCUCAGCCACAGACCUGCAGACCAAAGCAGACCGCUUGGUCCAGAUGAGCAUAUGCUCUUCCCUGGCACGGAAGUUCCCUAAGCUGACAAUUAUAGGGGAGGAGGAUCUGCCUCCCGGAGAAGUGGAUCAAGAGCUGAUUGAAGACGGGCAGUGGGAGGAAAUCCUGAAGCAGCCGUGUCCAUCGCAGUACAGUGCUAUCAAAGAGGAAGACCUUGUGGUUUGGGUUGAUCCCUUAGAUGGCACCAAGGAAUACACUGAAGGUCUUCUUGACAAUGUAACGGUUCUUAUUGGGAUUGCUUACGAAGGAAAGGCCAUUGCAGGCAUCAUCAACCAGCCAUAUUACAACUACCAGAGCAAUGAAAAGGAGAAGUUGAGGGAACAGCGGAAUGAAACGAAGGCAGGCCCUGAUGCUGUGCUGGGCAGGACCAUCUGGGGAGUCCUGGGUUUAGGUGCUUUUGGGUUUCAGCUGAAAGAAGUGCCCGCUGGGAAGCAUAUCAUCACGACCACCAGGUCCCAUAACAACAAGCUGGUCACAGACUGCAUUGCGGCCAUGAACCCUGACAACGUACUGCGCGUGGGGGGAGCCGGGAACAAGGUCAUCCAGCUGAUCGAAGGCAAAGCCUCUGCUUAUGUAUUCGCAAGUCCUGGCUGUAAGAAGUGGGAUACUUGUGCCCCGGAAGUUAUCCUUCAUGCUGUGGGAGGGAAGCUGACGGACAUCCAUGGGAACGCCCUCCAGUACAACAAGGAGGUGAAGCACAUGAACUCCGCAGGCGUCCUGGCCACACUGAGGAAUUACGAGUACUAUGCAAGCCGGGUGCCAGAGUCUGUCAAAAACGCACUCACUCCCUAAAGGGCUGUUUCAUGCACCCGCCCACCCCGAGGACUUGGUUCUCACAGCCUCUUAGAACUGAUUGAACAAUCAGAGUUCAGCUGCACUCAUCAGUGACCAGUGAUUUAGUGAUCAGUAGUUAGGGAUAGAAGACGGGAUUCAAGAAUUUCACCUAUGUAGUUUAAUACUCUCAUGCCUUAGGCAUAUGAUACAUUUUAUUUUUCAUUUCUCCUCCCUAAAAACACUUAGCCAGGUGUGGUGGCAAUGUGGUAGUUAUUGCUGUUCCAGUGGUUGAGCCCAGGGCCUCAAGACCAGACUCCACUACAGAGCAAGGCACUGCCUAACAACGGAGAAGAAGAAACAAAAGGAAUUUAGUUUUAUUAACUAGCUAACCAGACCAAUUGUUUUGACAUCUGGAUAAUUUUUAAUUUCAGUGUCUUAAGUGGUCUUGGUGUUUUUGUUUUUGUUUUUUUGUUUUUGUUAUUGUGUCCUUAUUUUUGUUUUUUUGUUGUUGUUUGCUUGGUUUUGUUUUUCUUUUUAUUUUUUGAGACAGGGUUUCUCUGUGUCCUGGCUGUCCUGGACCUCACUCUGUAGACCAGGCUGGCCUCAAACUCAGAGAUCCACUCCAGCUCUACUUCCCAAGUGCUGGAAUUAAAAGCAUACACCACCACUCCUGGCUCAAGUGUUACUGUUUUUAAUUAAGUGGAGAAAUGAAAAAGGAUUAGUUCCAAAUGACUGUCUAGGUCAUUUGUACAAUCAACAUUCCUGCUUAUAAGAGACGGUUUCUCUGUAUAGCCCUGGCUGUCCUGGAACUCUAUCUCUCUCUGUAGACCAGGCUGCCUACAUGGAGAUCCGCCUGCGUCUGCCUCUGAGUGCUGGGAUCAAAGGUGCGCACUAUCACCCCCUAGCCAGGGCCUAGAAUCUUAAAUUGUGCCAGAAUUUCAGUUUUGUUUUUCACAGUAAUUUUUAAAAUUUCUGACUCCAGCUGAGAAUGCAUAUAAUGAUGUUAUUUAUGUUGAUAAGAUUUAUGGGAAAAGUUUCUUUAAAAUAAAUUAUUUACUCCUAGA